UUAUCUUUAUUAUGUAUGGUUUUCCAUAAAACAUCACUGUUAAUACAUUUUUGGUUAAAAUGUAUGUGUUUGCUUUUUUUUUUCUUUGCCUUUAGAUCACAUCGCAAGUGUUUUAUUUGUAGAGAAAGGAUGUCUCCUCUGCGGAUACAUGGAUUCAUACAAAUUUGGAGCAAGAAGACUGGAACGACUGGGUUGAAAGAAGCACUCAUUGAAACAGAGGAAGGAGAAAAGGACAUUAAACUAGUGGUAAUUUUCAAAUCUACAGAAUCAAUAAGGGUUUUUCAGUUGAGUAAUAAUAUUAGAAGUGUGGUCCUUAGACAUUGUGAAGAAAGACAAAGCCACCUGCAUUUAACUUUGCAAAACAAUAUCGCCUUGCUUAUUGACAAAUUAUCCUUCCACGAUGCUGAACAGCUGAAGAUGUUCCUGGACUUAGCCCAUCAAAACAAAUUUCAACAAUCCAAAAGCAGGAAUGCAAAGAAAGGAACUGACAAAACUUUAUUUUACAAAAAGUGUUAUGAGCCAAGUUAUAGAUCCUUUCAUACUGAAAAAGGAAAUGGAAUGCCUUUCCCUCAGAAAAUGCCUUUGUUAAAGCCAAAAUCAUCAACACUUGUCAACAAAGCAUUCUUAGAAAAUCGAGGUGAAAAGAGGAAAAAACUGCUAUCACCUUAUGUAGAGACGAAUGACGACUGUCUGAAAGAAAGUGACCUUACGCUAAACAAGAAAUUGAAGGUGGGUUCCUCCAAGCAUGUAACAAGCAAUAAGAAGGAACCAUCCAGUUUAAAAGACUUAGAAAAAGAUAGAAAUUUGAAACUUGGAUCUUCAUUCAAGCCCAACUCUAAUAGAAAUCCCAAUGAAGAGACGACUGUUCCUUCCACCCAGACUUUCUCUGCCCAAACAGGUUGGGCAUUUCCAUCGGAAAAAGAGCAUAGCCAGGAUGACCCAAGAUGGAAUAACACCCAAGUGUCCUUUGACCAUCACACUGAGAAACUGUGGAAAGGUUUCCCCAAUUUGGGAAACACCUGUUACAUGAAUGCAAUUUUACAAUCACUAUUUGCGGUUCCAUCAUUUGCUAAUGACUUACUCAUGCAAGGUCUCCCGUGGGAGAAAAUCCCCUCUGAUAGUCUUAUUAUGUCCCUCAGCAUGCUGUUCGCUUUGAAAGACAUUUGUAAUAGAGAGACCCAGAAAGAAUUACUUGUAAAUGUUAAAAAUGCCAUCUCAGCAGUUGCUGAGAUAUUCUCUGGCAACGUGCAGAAUGAUGCUCAUGAGUUUUUAGGUCAGUGUUUAGACCAGCUGAAAGAGGACGUUAAAAAAUUAAAUUCUCGUUUGGAGGCUGUGAGGGAACCUGGGGCUGAAAAUUCAUCUCCACGGAUGUAUGUUGGUAACGCUGUCACCAAAGUGUUUGUUUGUCCUGUUGUUGCUAAUUUCGAGUUUGAAUUGCAGCUCUCUAUUACUUGCAAAGCUUGUAGUCACACCGUUCUCAAGACAGAACUGAACAAUUAUCUCUCCAUCAACCUGCACCAGGAAGAAAAAACGCUUCCUUUGUCUGUUCAAGAUUCUUUUGAUCUUUUCUUUAAAGCAGAAGAACUUGAGUAUCACUGUGAGAUGUGCAAGCACAAUAGUUCCGUUGCAAUGCACAGAUUUAGUAGGCUCCCCAGGGUCCUAAUUGUUCAUCUGAAACGCUACAGCUUCAACGAUGCUUGGUUGCUGGUGAAGAAUGACCAGCAAAUUUAUAUUCCCAAAUAUUUACACUUAUCCUCUCAUUGCAAUGAAAGGACCAAAUCACCUCUUCCCUUGAGCGUGCCUGUUGGGGACCACAAGGCCCUGAAAGGUUCUCAGGAGUUAAGUCCUGAGAUCAUCAGCCUAUUGACACUAUUGGCGAAGCCAACCUCAGAAUCAAGUGAUUCUCUGGUUCUACACGUUGCACCAGAGAAGAAUGCUGACCUACAAAGAUUCCAGAGAAACCGUGAAGCAGUAAAUCAAGAACAUCAUCAGAGAGAUCUGGAAAAUGGCUCCCAGCCACAGUCAAAACUGGUAAACUCUGAAGAUAAAACGGUCAGUGAAAAGGAGCUGCCAGUGGCUGACUCAGUGGUGGAGCAGGGAGACGACUGGCUCCCCGCGGCCUGUGAGGACGAGGGCAAGCCUGCUGGCAGCCCAGGCACACAUCUCACGGGGAUCCGUCUCCAAGAGGCGCCUGGAAAUCCAGAACUUAAGAAAUAUGAGGAAACCAAUACAUCUGUAGAGUUAGAUUUGGACACUAUCACUGAGUCUCCCAGUGGCCUUUAUGAGCCUAAGGGAAUCAGGAUCCCAGAAGGAUCUCAAGGAACGGCUGGGGAGCUCCAGCAGUGUACUGAGAGGAGAACCAAUGAGGAAUCCCUUCAGCAGGCAUUACUUCCACCUCCCGGGCGUCCUUCUAGGAAGCCGGACACCCAGGAACAUGCCGAGGAGGCCCUCGGUAGAUCCGCAGAAUUAAGACUUCAGAAGGCUAACUCGAGUCCCCUUGGUGCGUUGGCUUCUGCUAAGAGCCCCGGAAACAAAGCCACGUUAGAGAUGGAGAACACAGAAGCUGAAGCCAAGGAGCCAAAAGGAAAUGUGAAGAUGACAGGUGCUCUUCAGGCCUACAGGCUCGUCAGUGUGGUCAGCCACAUCGGGAACUCUGUUGCUUCCGGCCAUUACGUCAGCGACACUUACGACUUUCAGCAGCAGUCCUGGUUCACAUGCAAUGAUCUGCGGGUUUCGGAAAUCCCAGAGGCUCGGAUUCAGGAAGCCAGGCUUCGCUCAGGGUACAUCUUCUUUUACAUGCACAAUGAGGUUUUUGAGGCAUUUGAAAAAGGCAGAGAACUCUCAGCUACUUAGCACACGGGCGGGAGUGAUUCCUCAGGGGGAGUAAGAAGAUGCCUCUUGCAGGGACCUGCUCGGCACCCCCCUCAGCCCCUGCUUCAUCCACGGAAGGAAAGUCCUGCACUCUAAUCAGAAUGAAGAAGGAACAGACAGACCCAACAAGAAACACUUAUUAUGGGGAAAUAUCUGCUUUAACUGCUUCAGACGCCUGGCUCCCAGAAUUCAGGCUGAUAUUCAUCAUUCUCGCCUACAAGACUAGCAUGGGCUUUCGAUGUUUGAUACAGUGGUUUUCAACAUGUUGUUCUUGAACCAGCAACAUCAGCAGCUAGGGACUGAUUAGACAUGAAAAUUCUUAGGCCCCACUUCAGAGCAAUUGACUCAGAAGCAGGAGGUGGGCCCAGCAGUCCGUGGGAGGUUCAGAUGUUCCCGAGAGUCAGGGCGCCACUGUGUUGAUGUGCAGCGCGUCUUGAUGGAUUUUGCCGCUGUAUAAAUUGUUUGUUGUGUAAAUUGUGCAUGUUUUGUAAAUUACACUAAAAAUAAAUAAAUCACAUUUUUUGUGUGUUCCUUUGUUUCAUCCUGCUAAACCUGAGGCUGGAGCUGCCCCAAAAGUGGCAGCAGGGGAGUUCCCACAAGGCAGUGCUCCAAGCUGCCCCGCAUGGGCACAGCCGGAUUCCCAGAAAGAGGCUGAACCCCAGGGUGAUCAGUCCACAGCGUUUAUGGGGGAACUGACAGAGUGCUGCAGUGCACCCUCAGGUGGACAGUAAGAGAAGAAAGGAUGUUCCACCUAAGUAUGUCCACAGCAAGAGGGUCAGGACAUGGAGUUUUGGGGAGGGUUUAAGGAAUUUGGCUGAUGCCAGGGCCAGUUUCUUUUAGUGUUUUGGGCAAAAACCUAGAUAUCUUUAUCAGUGCCUGGGAAUGUUCAAGGCCCCAGUUUGGGUUCGAGCUUCCUGGGAAAAACCUGCAACUGGUGGUCACAGAGAGGUCAAGAAACUCUGCAAUUUUCAAUCAGGAUAUGGAAAGAAAGUGGGGAGAACUGCGGAUCCUACACCCUUGAAUUCAUGAAUGCCUUUCCCUUGUAAACAUGUUAAAAUAAAACCAACCAAUGCAUGUACCAUUGUUCGGCUUCCACACGUGUUUGUAACUGGUCACCGAUAAAAUUUGCUACCAUUGAAUCAAGUGUAUUCCAACAUCCUUCCAGGAAUGGCAGGAAAUGAGGUCAAGGUCACAGAGAAAACACAGUAUAUGAAAUGGUCUCUGAGGGUGAUUUUGUAAAUUGAAAAGCACUCUAAAGUGUUGCUGGUGCUAUUAAUAUGAAUAAGACCAUAAACCCAGCCUCACAGAUGUACAACACAGCCUGGCAGCCAAGGCGCAGACAGUCUAUAAAGAACCCAGUAUCGAUAGGCCACGUGAACAGAUGAACGGAAUUUAGGAGGAUUCGUGGGUGCAAAGAGAUAAGAAAAGCCUGGUGAUGUACAGCGUGCGGUGCAAAAUUAGGUAGAGACGUGCGGGAAAGAUGAGAAAAGCAAUCAGAAAUAUAUGCACAGGAUUUGUUAAAACAUGCCUUUUAGCAUUUAAGGGGAAAGAAGAAAAGUACUGUUCAGAAAAGAAA